UCCACAUGAGAGUGAAGGAUUUUUUUUUUUGAGGGGGAUAUGAGAGAGGAGGCUGGUCAGUUUCUUAACUCAUGGAGUUCCCACAAAUCUAACUACUCUAGUGAGUUACUAGGUUAGAAAAGGGAGGUGAUUCCAAAAAACAGUCCUGAAAGACUUAAGCUUCUUAAAUUAGAUCUGGUGUGGAUUACCUUCCUCUUUGUUUUGCCAGAAUAUAAAAGACCCUCACAAAGUUGUUUGGGAUAAGUGCAAUUAUGAAAGGUACUUAGUAAGGGUAUAAGUAAGUUGACAUUUCUGUUGUUAGAUAGGGAACCAGUCAAUUUUAUGCUUCCUUUAUAGAAAAUAAUAUCCCUUUUCUAUGUGUAUGCUUCCUAUCCAAAGGCCAUCAGAGAUAGCUAUGAUGCUAGCUUGACUUGGCCCAAUUGGUCAACUGUUUUCCAUGAGUGGGGAAACAAUCACCACCACCAAAAAAAAACAGUGGGCCUGUGUGUAGGGAGAGAGGGUCAUACUGUUUUCUUCAAGUCACAUUUCAAUACAGAGAGGGAAAAUGAAUGGGUAGAGAUGAAUGCUCCAAAAAGCAAAAAGGAGGGGGGACCUGUCAAGAGGUUUCCAAACAUGGCAAGAAUGGCCAGGACAGAAUAUCGGGUUGUCCUGGUUUAAGGAGAUCCUGGAGGAUCUUCGUGGGGGCAGGGUUAAGGGAAAAGCAGGUAGAGAGUGGAGGCAGUGAAGGAAGAAUUUCAAUAGCUCCCCCACUCAGGAUAGUGACACCCCAAAGGGAAAAAAGGGUGGGGUGAGAGGGAGGAGAGGGAGACCCUAAAAGACUCAAGGAGAUGGGAAAGUUUCAAGUGUAUCCUUUCUCUGACACCUUUUCCCUUGCUUCUUUGUGUUUAUUUCUGUGUUCUCCCUCAUCCACUCUCUCUUAUUCUUCUCUCCGUCCUCCAGCACCAAAGGCAACAGCACUGAGCUCCCUCCUUCUUCAUUUUUCCUCCUUCUCCUCUCAGGUCUCUCUCUCUCUCUCUCUCUCUCUCUCUCUCUCUCUCUCUCUCUCUCUCUCUCUCUCUCUCACACACACACACACACACACACACACACACACACACACACACACAGAUACACACACCCCUCUUUCUCUUCCAUACCGUUUCAGACAGAGCUGGCAAGACCCAGGGCUGCAUCCAUGGCAAACCCUCCUCCUCUUCUUCCUCCUCCUCCUCCUCCUCCUUCUCCACCUCUCCUCCUCCCUUCUCCUCCCCACGCCUCCGCCGCCACCUCCGCUGCCUCCCGGGGUCCCAAGCCUCAGUCCUUCUCCUACAGGCUGUGAUCUCGUUCAAGGGGAGGAAGGGGUGGUAGCCCUCGGACCCAUGGAUUAGGAGGACUUGGUUUCCUGCCUUUGCACAGCCUAGAAGUGGGGGCAGGCGGGUAGUUAGGGGUGGGCUUGGUGAACAGAGGGAGCGAGAGGAAAAUCCAGGGGCUUCCGCGAGCCUGCCGGGUGGAGUUUGCAAGCCGCUGAUUCUCCCUCCCGUGCACCCACAGACUCGGGGGAGCCCGGACCCUAUUCUUGCUCCCACUGCCCCUUCCCCUGGUUCUUCUCUUUGCUUGCCAGCAGAAGAGAAGGAGCGAGAGCGAGGAGUGUGUGUGUGUGAGCGCGCGCGUGUGUGCGCGCGUGAGUGUGCGAGUGUGUGUGCGUGUGUCUGUGUGUGUGUGUGUGUGUGCGCAGGGAAAAGCUAAUGGAUGUAGUGAAGCUGGCGCUGGAGAAGGGGAGCGGGCAGCAGGCUCCGGCGGCCGUUGCAGCUGUUGCUCUGGCUCCAGCCUUGGCUCCGGCUCCGGCUCUGGCUUCGGCUCCAGCUCCAGCUCCGGCUCCCGCCCCUGCUCGCAGCCGCCUACUUCUCCUGCCCCGGCCACCGCAGCCACCGCUGCCCCUCCAGCAGUCAGAGAUGCUGCCACUCCUGCCCAGCUACCAGCACCGGCUCCGGGCUCGGAGGAAAAGAAAGGAGCUGCUGCUGGGCCAGGUCUGCUUUCUGGGUUCGCUCCUGCUGCUCCUCUCGUCCCUGGGUAACUGGGCUGAGAAAGCCGGUUAUUAUAUCUUUGACCAUACAGAGGCAAAUGACAAGUGGAGUGGGAGGAGAUUACUGCAAAAGAAUGAUACCUUGAUUCCAGAGAACCUGGAACCCCUGCCUGGUAAAAACUGCACUGAACCAGCUCUCCAUGAAUUCCCAAAUGACAUCUUUACAAAUGAAAAACGACGACAAGGAGCUGUGGUUUUACAUGUCCUCUGUGCUAUGUACAUGUUCUAUGCUUUGGCCAUCGUGUGUGAUGACUUCUUUGUUCCCUCCUUGGAAAAGAUUUGUGAACGCCUCCAUCUCAGUGAAGAUGUGGCUGGAGCCACUUUCAUGGCAGCUGGAAGCUCUGCUCCUGAGUUAUUUACAUCUGUUAUAGGUGUUUUCAUCACAAAAGGGGAUGUGGGUGUUGGAACUAUCGUUGGCUCAGCUGUCUUCAAUAUUCUCUGCAUCAUUGGUGUCUGUGGGCUUUUUGCUGGACAGGUUGUGGCUCUGUCUUCUUGGUGUCUCCUGAGAGAUUCAACUUACUAUACGCUGUCUGUUGUUGCCCUCAUUGUGUUUAUAUAUGAUGAAAAAGUUUCUUGGUGGGAGUCCUUAGUGCUAGUACUAAUGUACAUUAUCUACAUCAUUAUUAUGAAAUACAAUGCUUGCAUACAUCAGUGCUUUGAAAGAAGAACAAAGAGUGCUGGGAAUAUGGUGAAUGGCUUGGCCAACAAUGCUGAAAUUGAUGACAACAGCAAUUGUGAUGCCACGGUAGUGCUCCUUAAGAAAGCAAAUUUCCACCGCAAAGCUUCAGUGAUCAUGGUAGAUGAGCUGCUGUCAGCAUAUCCACAUCAGCUCUCUUUUUCUGAGGCUGGACUCCGGAUCAUGAUUACCAGCCACUUUCCCCCAAAAACUCGGCUCUCCAUGGCUAGCCGCAUGUUGAUUAAUGAGAGGCAAAGAUUAAUAAACAGCAGAGCAUAUGCAAAUGGAGAGUCAGAGGUGGCCAUCAAAAUCCCCAUCAAACAUGCUGUUGAGAAUGGAACAGGGCCAAGCAAUGCCCCAGAGAGGGGUGCGAAUGGGACCCGAAGGGAUGAUGAUGUCACUGAGGCUGGCAAUGAAACUGAGAAUGAGAAUGAGGACAAUGAGAACAAUGAGAAUGAUGAAGAAGAAGAAGAGGAUGAUGAUGAUGAUGAUGGACCUUAUACUCCAUUCGACCCACCCUCUGGCAAAUUGGAAAUAGUGAAGUGGUUAUUCACCUGGCCACUGAGUCUGGUCUUGUACUUUACUGUACCCAACUGCAACAAACCCCAAUGGGAAAAGUGGUUUAUGGUGACAUUUGCUUCCUCCACCCUGUGGAUUGCAGCUUUCUCCUAUAUGAUGGUUUGGAUGGUUACAAUUAUUGGCUACACAUUGGGUAUUCCUGAUGUGAUUAUGGGGAUCACAUUUCUGGCAGCUGGGACUAGUGUGCCUGAUUGCAUGGCCAGCCUUAUUGUUGCAAGACAAGGCAUGGGUGACAUGGCUGUGUCCAACUCUAUCGGAAGCAAUGUGUUUGACAUUCUGAUCGGCCUGGGCCUCCCGUGGGCCCUGCAGACACUGGCAGUGGAUUAUGGCUCAUAUAUUCGACUGAAUAGCAGGGGACUGAUCUAUUCUGUUGGCUUGCUGUUGGCCUCUGUUUUUGUCACGGUAUUUGGUGUCCACAUGAACAAGUGGAAGCUAGACAAGAAGCUGGGGUUCGUGUGCCUUUUCCUAUAUGGCAUCUUCUUGUGUUUCUCCAUCAUGACUGAAUUCAACGUUUUCACCUUUGUGAACUUGCCCAUGUGCAGGGAGCACUGAUCCACUUGGCAAGGCUGAGGUGCCACUUCCUUCUUUCUUCUGUGCAAUACUCAACAUGGCUGGCACCCCCCAAGAGCACGGGGUGCUUCCGAAGGGCCGUGAAGUACAGUCUAUCCUGCUCGCUGUUCUCCUCUCUGGUUAGCCCUGGCUCCCCUCCAAUUCCUCCUCUUUCCCACUCCCAACCUCCACCCCAUCCCCCCCCCCCCAUCGGGAAAGCUCCUAUGUCGAUGUGAAGACUUUCCACAUUCAUAUGAUUUUUCAAUCUCUAUCUCUCCAAACAGUGACUGAGAUUUUAGAAGCACUGGCUGCUACCUGGCACUGAGCCAGACAGAACUUGCUCCAAUUCCUUCUCUUUUUUUUUUAAGUUAUUUGAUGGAAGACUAAUCUAAUUUAUGACUUGAGACUGUGGGUGAAAUAGAGAAGAAGAGGCUACAUUGAUUGUAUGGGGUGUUUUUCUGAGGAUAAUUAUGGGAUUCUGGGUUUGGGGAUAUUUUGUUCUUUUUUUUCCCUUUUUCCAGAGAGCCUCUUACAUCUUUUCCUCCUGCGUUUUGGAUUGCAAUGAAAGAUCAUAAGUGCAGUGUUUUAUGGGAACUGAACUCAAGGUACUUUGGAGUAUGAGUGGCUUUACUGUUUAUUAAAAGGAGUUGAUGAGGCAACAGAGAAUGACUUUUUACUCGGAAUUAGACAUCUCUUAAAGUCUUAUAGGAAAUACAGAAGGGAAAGCACAUUGGAGGGAAGACAACAACACUUUUCUGGUGUCCAUUGUGGCCAUCAAUUUAUUGUUAAGAUAUUUCUAGUUUUCCAAGCAAUAGUUCCAGCCCGCCAGCCUGCCUGACCUUUGCUGAGGGGAGCCCUGGCUCAUACCAUCCACAAGGUACCAGGUACAGUCUGUGACAUGAGCUCUCCUUCCUAACUUGUACGUUACUGCGAUUUUCUCUUUAGAGUCCUAUUCAGGGUGACCCGGAUAGACACAAAAGGCUUCAGCUUUUUGUAAAUGAGUUAGAGACACUGGUUUCUUUGAAAAGAAAGAAGCGCACUUUGCACAGACAUUGAAGUCGAUGAAGUCGCAAUUUGCCACUCAGAAAUGAGUACACUGGACCCAGCCAGAUUAUUAAUGGGUGAACUUUCCCAACAGAACACUGCCAAGCUGGCUCACCUCUCCCUGGAGAGUCCAAGGGAGGACGAGAGCAACAGAGGGAUGGCACUUUUCAAAUGCAGAAUGUGUUCAAUGAAGACUCGUUCAUGAGCAUAAGUUAUUGUGAAAGUUUUUGCCAAUCACUGCUCUUAAUAGCCCUGCUAUUUUGUAUGAUACUGUAUUAAUAUGCAGAAAAAUUCCACCAAGUUGAGAAACACCUAUGCUUGUUACACUUGUAUUUAUUGAAACUGUGGACCUUCCCCAUACUGAUUCUUGUAUUUACUUUAAGCACUGAUCACUUCUAAUUCUUUCAGGAGGGUCUUCUCUCUCCUCCCACCGCUCUCCCUCCCCACACACGUUCAGAUAUAAAAUGUUCCCACAUAUUACCAUCUGGUUGAAUGUCCUUGUCUAUGGUACAAACAAUGGCCAAUACUAGUAAAUGAGAGUAUAAGGCCUAUUUUUAAGUACAAAACAAACAAAAAUAGAAACCACUUAUUUUUAAUUGCAGCAGGAAACCUGUUCACCGAGCUAACGCAUUUAUCAACUGUGUUGCACACUUGCACUUGAUUAUUUGAGAUUGGUUUUCUUUGGACAGAUAGUGUACAAUAAACUCUGGUCUUUAGCCUUCAUAAAGCACAACAUAUUACUUACUAUCCAGAUCAGGGUCUGUUUGGCAUUAACUAGUUUGGUACCCAAUGAGUGAAAGCUGUCACCGCAUGGACAAAUAUUCACAUCUGCGACUGCCUUCUGGAUUGAUUUACCCUGAAAUAGAUGUAUAUAACUGACUACCUUAAAUAAACAAGAUGGUGGUGGCCAUGGCAGAAUGCAGAUGUAAGCAGCAUGGACGACUGGAUACCUUUAAAUCCUAAAGGAAUUUUGUACCCAUUAUCAUCUAAGCUUGACUGUACAUAGGCAGUAUGUUUAGCACUGCAAUCCAUGUGUGUGGCUAUGCAAAUUGGAAAUAAGAUUUAGAACUUUUACUGUGUUCAAAUAGUCUAUUCAUUUUAUCCUUCCAAGGUUUAAUUGUGACAUGAUUCAUGGUAAUAUCUCCCUAAAAAUGUUCUUUGGAUUUUUGUUUGGUUUUUUUGAAAAAAGACAUUGAGAUCAUCAUUUUUAAAAAGCCAUAUUUGAAACCAAUGUAGAUCCAGAGGAAUAAUUUCCCUAGGUUUUAAAGAGGUUGGGAUGAACUCCAGGGCCAAAUUCAAUCUGUGACCUGUUCCUCACCUAAAAUUCAACGUAACUCAAUUGAGAAAGAAAAAGUAAGUUGUAGGGAUAAAACACACACACACACACACACACACACACACACACACACUAAGGUUUGAUUUAAGUUUAUGCUACUGUUCUACCAGUAUCCAUCUAAAUAGUCUAGCAGACCUGUUUAGAGUUAUAUCUGUGAAAUAGCCAUUAUCUCACAGCAGUAAUAUGUGGCUUAUUUUAGAAAAUAUUCCAUCCCAAUGUCAUCCUGAUUAUCUUUGUUUUGAGUGUUUGCCAUAAAUGACACCAUCAAAGCAUUCAUGAAUCGUAGAAAUAUAUGUAAAGACAUUAGGUUUGUCAGAGCUGUAAUGAUCAUUUUCAAUGCCACAGACAAGCAGCAGCAUGGAAGAUACCCUCAGAACAACUUUUAAAGACAAAAUCAGUUAGGAAUGAGGAAGGACCCAAAGGUACCAUGAAGCAGCUGCUGAGAAGUCUGGGGACCGGAGAGAAAGCAAGGCAGGAUCAGAGUGGGAAUGAGUUCUCCUGGGGUUCUAUGGUCAUAGGAAGGAAUCAUCAUUUUUCACCUCCUAUUUUAACUAAUUGAUCUUCCUAAUUAGGUGCUAAACUAAGCUAUUUCUAGCUUAUGAACAAGUGCCCUCUAAAUUUCAAAGUUUUGAAAAAAAAGCUCUAUUACCCCCCUGCCCUCCAGUUCCAAGUCUCCUGGUUGGUACUUAAAUAAAUUAUAUUAGAUGAAUCUGAAUAUUGGUUAUUACACUUUGAAGAAGUUGUUCUUUUGCUCCUAAAGGUGAAUGCUUAAUAUAGAGCUUGGUUUUGUCUAAAUGUGUCUACUGCCACUGUGAAACCAUCAGAAAUGAUAUUCAUAUGCAAAGUUACUCCAUGGGAAAAUUAAGUGGGAAUGCCCAUAUUUCCCAUGCCAACAGUGCUAUUCACCAGUGGCCACACAAAGUAAAAUAUGAAAAGUUUAAUUUUUCCAUCUGAAAAAAUGAUUGAACACACCUCCCCAGAAAAUGUUUUAAAUCGAUCAUAAAAAUGGCAGCCAAAAUGUGAGCCUCUCACAUUCAGACUGAGUGAUCAAAUAAGAAAUCUCACUAGUUACACAAAAUCAGUCUGCUGCUAUUGUUUGUGAUCUUCUUAAUUUGUUGGGGGACAUGGAGCAGGCAGGGGUGAAAUCUUUUUAAAUAAAGCUCCUAAAUCUGAGAAAAUUUCCAGUAUAAGAUUGUUGAAGAAUCUUGGCCAUGGCCAUGGCCACAAAUGAAACAAUUCAGUAAUUGUCUAAGGCUUAGUUUUUCCUUUUAAGCAAAUUCUAGAUAAAAUUCUAGAGUUAAACAGAACAGAAAAUACCCCCAAAAUUUAGCUCCUUGUUUCUGAAGAACACAACGCUUUAACUUCUGGGUUUAACCCCUCUCAACCGGGCUGCUAAACCAAGUAUGGGACCCAGUAGCUAGCCCCUUGGAUGGUCACAAACAUAGGCAGUUGAAUUUGAGCCCUGGAAAAGAACUCUAAAACUGUGAUAGAAGAAAGUUGAUCGAGGGAUUAAAUAGCUUUUGCCCCUACCAAAGGAAAACUCUGUACCUGCAUUUUUAGAAAUAGUGCACUUUUUUGUAGAUACAGGUUUUGUAUUUACAACAGAAAAUAUGUGGGGGUGGAGGGUGGUUGGGUGAAGGAUAUUUUUAAUGAUAUUUUUUCUUGGCCUUUGUAUUCUAAGCUCUCUAGUUUAAGGCCAUGAAUAUGCAUGCUCUGGGUUUGUGGCUUUGUAUAUGUUAAACAACAAAUAUUUUAAGCAUGUAGUCUAAGAAAAAUCUCAAAGCAUUUUUGUUUUUGUUUUUAAAGAUAAUUGAAUAUUUUAGACUAUGCAGGUAGUAACACAUACUAUCUGGGUCAGUUUUUGGUAUAUAAAACAGGGGUAUUAUCUAAUUUGCAGUGAAUAUAUCAAGGGUAGUUUUAUACCUUUAUUUAAUUGUUCAUGAAAACCUUCAGGUAGUUAAAAUGAAGAAGUGUGAGCUGGGUAUUAUUUUGGUGGGUAUGGAGCAAAUAUAUUACUCUAUGCCAAAUGUAUUUACUCAUUCUUUUCAUGUCAAUGAAUUGGGCAGAUCUAAUUAAUUGUUCAUUUCAUCAUAUCUACUCUGUAAUAGAUGUGACAUAUAAGUGUUGUGUUUUGAACAGCCUGAUCUGGAAUUGUGAUUCUCAUUUCCCCUUAGAUUCUCUAAUACAACAGCUCGUACAUGCCCAGUGUGUCUCCUAAGAUGCAAAAUCUCUGGAUGAAAACUUAAAAAACUCAGGCAGUCCUACUGGUCAUUUGUAGACAUCCAAGGGUACUGCAUCAUGUAAUUGACAGCACAGGGUAGAUUAUAAAGUCUUUUCUCAUAAGAUUUGUAUGUUCAGGACCUGUAAUUUCAUCAAAGCAAAGGACUUCCAGCAUGGAAAACUUCUCCCUCAAUGCAGAUCCGCAACUUAAACCCAAACUUAGAGUUUUCUAGGACAUUUAGAAGUCAAACAACUUGCUUGCUAAUACAGCAACUCUGAGUCAAAGGUAGGACUUGAAUUCAGGUCUUCUUGAGGCAAAGCCAACCAGCUCUCUACUACCGCAACCUGCCUCUCCUCACAGGUUGUAACCAAAAAAAGCACAUUUUUCCUAUUUCUGAAUUUUCUAAAUUCAUGGGAACUCUCUCCCAUGGCAUCUUAGUGAAAGCAGAGGAAAGGGAAACACACAUAAAAUUACAAUGUAUAUGAUGACGAAUCCCCAUAUAGCAAAAUUUUCAGAAGAUGUCAGAACAAUAAAAUUCCAUUAUGUCCUUCCCAGUUGCUUAUUCUUGGGCAUGCAAUGAUGACAUUAUGAGAGUAAGUCUUCUGAAAUCUAUUAAACAUUUUCAGAGGUUAUGAGCUAUGUGGAGCUAUAUUUUUUUCCUUGCUUUUUUUUGGAAGAGAUUUAGGAAAGGAUGAUCUCUUUUAUAGGGUUUGCUAUCUGAAAGAGGGAUAAACUGGCAGUAUUUCUCUACUUGGAUUUUCAUAAACAAUUAACAUAUACAUAAAAUUAUACUUCUAUAUGUACAUACAAUUAUGCUUGUAUGUUAAGUAUUUUUCUACUCACUAGAAAUGGAAUUUUGGAUUAGUAAAUUUCCCCUCCAAACUUAGGUAAGAAAGUAGUUAACCAUCAUCUGGUUUUCCGGGUGUGGUAGAGCCCAGUGACUGGUUCAAUAGAAUUGCAUAUAGAUCAUGCAAUGAAAUGAAUCGAGUCUUGGGCACCUAUAGAAUCCUUGUGCUUAUUUUUUUAGGCAGGUUUCUUAAAAGAAAUCCUAGAGCUCAUAACUAAAAAGAUAGUGUGUGCUUGCAUGAGAAUGAGUUUUUGGCAUCAGCUAAUCAUUUUCUUUUGAAACAGGAAAAAACCAAACUGCAUUCUCAGGUUCAUCAUGGCUUUAUUUUUGAGAACAGAUGUCAGAUAUUUUAUUUCAAAACCAUAGCUUGUGAAGGUAGGCCUGUUUUUCAAAAGCUAAGUACCAAACCAUUAUUUUAUACUCAUGAAUAUUCCUCCAUGCUUCCAUGUACUUGAAAGAAAAUAUUCACUGUGAUUUGUUUCCAGAAAUAUUUAAUCAGUCUACAGUUUUUAAGCAGGUAAGAUAUCAUUUCCAUCACAGCUAUAAUUUUAUUACUGAAGCACCAGUAACAUUCCUCUCUUGUUGCUAAAAAAAAAAAAGUUAAAUACUCUUUUCUAUUUACAUUAAACUAUCAUGUUUAUUAAAAUUAUUUCACAUUUCAAUAAAUACAAAUUCUACCUAAGGCAGAUCAUAUACUUAUAGACUCAUAAAAAAUGGACAUUUAGUCUAUGUCUUUCCUUGGUUACUAUAUUCACUGAGGCCUGCAAAUCCAGUCCAAUCCAACAAACUUUCUUUACAUAGCCACUACAUGACAGGCACUGGGUAUACAAAAUAAAACCAAAAUACAGCCCCUGUCCUCAAGGAACUUCUAUCCUACUGUGAAUUGGAGCAUUAUUCCCAUGUGAGAACAAGAAAAUAUAACCAUUUUGAAUGAUUCAAAUCUUUAAUCAAUGAAAUAUUAAGUUAUCAUUAUUUUGUUUAGAAUACUCUUCAAAUUGGGAAGGUUAAGGGGGAAAAGCCUCAAAAAAGAAGGUAUAAAGAUGACAUAUAAAAGGCAAAAUUGCAGUAAAUUAACAUCAAACAAAAGAACAGAAUGACUUAUAACAAGUUUAAUUCAAUUUGGAAAAUAUUUGGGCUUAACCUAUAGCAUGAGGCAUUCAGAUUAAUCCUAAGAAGAAUUUCUUGAGAAACUUUCUCAUUUAUAUGACAGAACCAUUUGCAUUUUUCUGAUGUGAGUUGGUAUUUUAAUGUUAAUCUGUUCAGCAGGGAUGUUAGGAUUCCAUGACCAAAUAAAUGGUUUAUAUGAGUGGCCAUGUGUUCAUGAUCAAAAUGAUUCACAAAGUCCCAAGGCUCUUCUUGCCAUUGGUACUGCCCUACACACCAGACACAUACACCCAACUGAUCAAAAGGCUUGUAGCAAGUCAUAUGAAAAUUCAACAGGGAUUUCUUCAAACUGAAAGUGGGGAAAGAUAGGACUUUGCAUGCAGGUGGUCUGUCCAUAAUUCAGAUGUGUACCAGGCAAGUAUGCUACCCAAAAGACCUCACCUACUAUUUAGAGAGGUCUGAAAAGUGUUGAGAUUCAUUGAUGUAAACCAUAGUACUAUUUUUUCUGUGUCAGGUAGAAAUAAAAAUGAAUUUUAAUUCAUUAAUUCUGUGUAUCAUAAGAGAGUUUUUUUAGCAUAGAUUUUUUUUAAAGCAGAAUAUAAUAUUAUCAGCAUGUUCUGGCUUAGCCUUCUGCCUCAAGGUAAGAUGGUAGACUAGCUCAUCCUUAAAAGUCCUUUUGGGUCCUAAAAAGCUAUGAUAAUUUCCUUUUCCUUAAAUGUGGCAUUUUCCCUGGGGAAAAGACCGACUCCCUGGAAAUUACUGCCAACCUGAAAAGCUGGCCAUCAUAAAAUUGACUUCUACAAGAGUUAUUUCAAUUUCUAUGGGCCAAAAUGAUACAGGCAAUCUUUUGAAUACUCUUCCAGUUUCUCUAUUGCCUAAACGUUCAUGAUGGCAGUCUUCCAGGGAGAAAUAAAAGCAAGAACAAAAAGGCAAUUAGAGAUUCCCAUUCCUAGAAAUUCUAUGGAGAAACUUAGAUCAGUAAAAAAAUAAUAUGAAUCCAACAAGGAGAGUUUGUACCUAAUGUGCCUUUGAAUGGAAGUGGAAAUAAAAAUUUUAAAACAAUUUAUAGGGUUUUUUAAAGAAUUUAUCUGACUGUAACACUGACCAAAUUUUUAAACUUUUUUUUACAGAAAGGAAUUAUAUUCCUUAAAAAUUUUAACACUGGUUGACAGACAACUUAUAACACCACUCACUGUUGUAUACGCUAAUUCCAAGAAGACUAUAUCCUAGAGCCAGCCUUUAGUUUUCUCCUGUGCAUUCUCAGGGAAAUUGAUGUCAGUUAUAUUAUAGGUUCUUCUCAGAGUUAUUACUUAUGAUUCAGCAGGUCUGAAAAGAAAUUAUCCCCAUUUUCAAAAUCCAACGUGUGCUCUUCCCUUAUUUUCUUAAAUAUUACAUGCCUUGUUGAAGGUUGUGUUGAUACUCUUCCAUUUUAUCUGCUCCACAGAUUUUUCUAUCUUUCAAGAUGAUCUGACUCUAUUCAAGCUCUGGGUUGAAGGUAUCCAAACAGAAUUGUGUUAUUGAGUGCUGAUAAUCAACUGAGGAAUAAUAGCAAUUGAUGCUAUGAAAAAAAAAAGUUAAACAUGGUGGCAGGGGUGGAUAGCUCACUUAAUAACUACACCGUGUGGGAUGAAAGGGGACAAUUUUAUGUACUAGUUCAUUAUCUUUGGGUAGGCAUGGUAGCAAUAAAAAGAUUCCUCUGUCCUUGAAUGCAGGCAUUCAGUGGGGACUGUAUGUUUGAAAAGAAUUGGCAAAGGGGUGGGAGUCUAGAGAUUAGGGUUCUAAUCUGCCACUAACUAUGUAACCUUGGGCAAGUAAUUUCAUCGCCUUGAGACUCAGUUUUACCUAUUAAAUGUUUGGUUGAACUAUCUCUAUGAUCCCAAGAGACAUGCAUUAUAAAGAGGUCAGAGAUAAAGGACAGGGGUUCAACAUGUAAUUGAGACUCGCUGACAUACCUAGCCUUAGAAUCUUGUCAUUAUUGGUCCUUAUCUUUUUGGCAAUCCUCUUUAGGGAAAAACACUUUAUUAUCCUAUAUUAAUCUCAGGGAAAAUUACUAGAGUUUCAGAAGCCAAAAACUAGACUCCUUGUUUUAAAAAUAAUUGGCUUAAUUCAUUCCCCCAUUGCAAAAGUAUGGAUAUUUCAGUCACUAUUGCUCUAUGAAAAAUGUUCAAGAGGGUCCCUCCAUUUCUUAAUAGUAUCAACUCAUGGACCAGGAUCUAGGACAGGAUCAAGUUCUUAGAAUCAAGAGGCAAGGUCUAGCAUACAGACAUUAUUUUCCUUAAUUUUUAAUAAAUGCAUAUUUAUUGAAAAGACAAAGGUGGGAUUAAGGGUUGAAGAGUGAAAGUACUUUUUCUUUGCCCUUAUAGGAUACAAUUUACCCAAGUUAUCACACCAUUUAUCAACAUAAUUAGACUGAAUAAUGUGUCAUAUGUAGAGGGGCAUUGUGAAAAAUUGACAAUUCAUUAGGAAGCUCUUUAUUUGUUAGUUUUCCAAAAAAACAAAAACAGUCUUGAACCAUGAUAAUUUCACUAUAAAAAAUAUACUAUUGGAUCACUACUUUAAGGGGAUACCAAUAUAAUUUAUUAUAGAUCAUAAAAUUCUCACUAAAAAGAAAAGAGUUGAACCAAUUGCCAGCUUUUGACCAACUAAGGUGAGAAGAACACAUAUAUACUUGUGCUUUAGUAUAUUGGUAUCCUAAUAUUAGAUAACAAAGUUGUUUAUCUUCACCGUUGGGAAAAACCAAUUAUCUUAUUAUCAACUAUGGUCCAAAAUGGGCAUCAAACAUUAGCCUGUGAAAUUUCACAGGUUUUAGAGCCUGAGAUAAAUUGAGAUUUAUAUUCAGCUAUAAUACAGUACCUUACCUAUUUUUAAAGUUUGUAAAACUUGAAGUUCAAUGCUAGCUGACUGUCAACAAAAUAAGAAAGGGAAUCUAGUGAUAAGAAGGUAAUGAAUAUGAGUAUUUAAAAGAGUUCUCUGUGUGUGUGUGUGUGUGUGUAUGUGUGUGUGUGUGUGUAUGUGUGUGUGUGUGUGUAUAGAAGAUUGUUAUUCCUAAACACUGAAUUCCAAUCUCACCCCAUACCUAACUGGUCUUUAUAUAGUCCAGUAAUAUUUCUAUCCUGUUCUUUUUAUGUCUCAUUUAUUUUGGCCAUCUCCUUAUCAUGCUGCCUAUGCACUGGCCUUCAUUCUCAUCUCCUGCCCUACUUUGGACCCUGUACUCUGGAUUCCCCGUUUCUGAUAACUGAGUUUUCACCAUGCCCAGAACCAGUCCUCUAAACUAUUUCCUGGCCAUCUCCAUACCAUAACACUUUGUACAUCAUCCUCCCCCAACCCCAAAGUUUCCCUCGACGUGUGUCUUCCUCAUCAUUAUAAGUUUCAGGAAUAAUCUUGCUUGCAUUUGUAUCCCUGGCAUAAAUAGAAAACAAGAAAUGUGCACCAAAGUAUUCACAUUUUUUAAUUUGUCAAACUGCAGAACUUAAAAUAGGAUGAGCUAGUCCAGUGCAUUAUUAUCCUAGUAGACAUAUAUUACAUAUUAACAACACAUAUCAUGUAGAGGGAAGCACUCUGAUCCUGAAACCUGAAGUGUUAUUUGGGUCCUCACUGGGCCAUUUUUAUAGCACCUUGGGCAUUAUGGUCCUUUCUCUGGACCUUAAUUUCCUCAUCUGUAAAUAAAGAGAUCGCUAAGGUCCAUCCCUGUUCUAAAUACUAUGAACUUAUAAAACUUGAGGUCAACUCAACUCAACAAACUGUUAUAAAGAACUGUGUUCACUUUGUUAGGCUCCAUGUAUACAAAAUAAAAAGCAAAAGAAUCCAUUCAGAGAGAAACCAAUCAAAUUAGUUCUUUUCAUUUGCUUCCCUGCCUCAUACUUCUUCCUACACCACUUGAGGUAGAUGUGUGAUACAUACAGUGGAAAGAGGGCUGAAUUGGGAAUUAGAGAAUCAGGGUUUGACUGCAGAUGGAGACACUACUUUGGUGAAUUUGAGAACAAGGCACUCAUCUUCUCCAGACCCAAGUUUCUCAUAUGUGAAAUGAGGAAAUUCAAAUCAAUGAUGCAGGAGUAGCUAGGUAGCACACUGGAUAGAGUGCCAAACUUGGAGUUGAUGAGGAUCUGGGUUCAAAUUUGACCUCAGAUACUUCCUAGCUAUGUGACCUGGGGCCAGCCAUUUAACCACAAUUGCCUGGCUCUUGUCACUCUUGCCAAUAUAAAAAUAGAAAGAAUAAAGUCCCUUGAAGCUCUUGGAAUAUCAGUGAUCCCCCCAAGCUAUCACAUGUUGGUAGAAGAGUAUUUUCCUCUUACACAGGACUACCUUUUGUUCUGUGAUCGUAUUAUUUACUUUCUCCUUGAAACCCAAGUCACCUCUUUUUGUCUUACACAGAAAAUUCUUCUCAGUUUAGCAUCCCAAGUUUAAAUUCUGGGGGUUCAAAACAAAUGUCAGAAAAUUGUCCUUACAUUUUUCAAGGUCCUUUUCUACUGCCUCACAUAUCUGCUACUCCCAAAUGACCAGGCUGCUUAGAUGAUAUUUCUGUAUUUGUGUCAGGAAUUUCACUGGUUAAACAUAAGCUGGUUUCCUCAUAGACCUCACUUCAAGAGAUAUGCAAUGAAUGCAAUGUGAUGAGAGAGAAAGGAGACAGCUCUCCACCCAGCUUUGCAGCUAGACCUGCCAAAAGCUUGGCAGUCAGCAUUUCUCUGACAAGCCCAGGACAUUUCACUACCCCUCCCCUCUCCAGUGACUGGCUGGGUGGAAUCAGUGAGAAUCAGUUGUCUGAAUUAAUAUAUGAAGAGUCCUACAGAUUAUUUUAGUGAUGGGGGUGAGGGGGAAGGAAGAGGAAGCACAAAUAGAAAAAAUAUUUUAUGUCAGCCCACUCAUAAGAUAAUACAAACCAGUAUUUGCCUCUCUUCCUAAGGAAGUCAGUGAUUUAUAGUUUGUUAUAUCUAUGGUACAUUACAGAAAUCACCAGUCAUUAGAGAGCACAGAUUAGUAAAAGAGACAUAGUAAAGAGGAAAAGAAUUGGUUCCUAGUGACGUACAAAAUUAGUCCUUCAUUUAGGAAAAGCUUAAAAUCUGAUGAAGCAGACCUCCAGCAGAAAUAAAUAAUGACCUCAAGGGAACUCUAUUCCUUGCCCUAAUGGUUCUCCCAGAAAAGAAUCACAUCAAAUCCUCAAAAACACCCCACCCAUUUCUUUUUUUUAAAGUAAAUUUCAAUUUUGUUUCAAUUAUCAUGCAUUUGGUUUUUUUUCUCUUCCCACCCAUCCACUAAGAAAAAAAGGGUAGAGAAAAGAGAAGGGGGGAGGGAGAAGAAAGAGGGAAUGGAGAAGAGGAGGAGAGGAACAAAGAAAUGGGAAAGGGGGAAGGGGAGGAGGGAACAGGGAAGGAAGAGAGAAAGAAAGAAAGAAAGAAAGAAAGAAAGAAAGAAAGAAAGAAAGAAAGAAAGAAAGAAAGAAAGAAAGAAAGAAAGAAAGAAAGAAAGAAAGAAAGAAAGAAAGAAAGAAAGAAAGAAAGAAAGAAAGAAAGAAAGGAAGGAAGGAAGGAAGGAAGGAAGGAAGGAAGGAAGGAAGGAAGGAAGGAAGGAAGGGAAAGCAGGAAAGCCUUGUAUCAUAUAACUAUAGUCUAGCAAAACAUAUUCCCAUACUAUGUCCAAAAUGCAUUUCUCACUCUUUAUAUUAGUCCAUCAUCACUCUGUCAUGAAGUGUUAGGUGUUCUGGAAAGCAAUUUGGAAUUAUGCCCCCAAAGUUAUUAAACUGUACAUGCUUUUUGACCAAGUCAUAUCUAUACCCUAUCCAUUUCUUCAUAAUGAAAUGUCUUAGAAACUAGAAAAUAAAGACAAGAGAACCCAGUCAGAAGAAACACAUCCACCUAGAAUGCUGAGUGCAUUUAAACAUGACCAAUAGUCAGAAAUGUUUAUCAAUAUCUUAUGGAUCUCCUAAAUGAUUUGAGCUUUAAUUAUAUAUAUAUAUAUAUAUAUAUGCAUACAUAUAUAUCCCAUCAGUAGUCUUUCCAUGUUUGAUAUUUGAGUUUCAUUUUUUUCUUGCUUAAAUGCCCUUCUUAUUUCUUCUCAGCCCUCAAAAAUAAACAGAGGAAUUUCCAGAAACUCGGAUCCUUUGAGAUCCUGUUUGUGUGUGCAUGUGUGUGUGUGUGUGUGUGUGUGUGUGUGUGUGGAAAAGACCUAUAUAGAAAGAUUCAUUUUGUAUAAUAAGCAGAGCUAGUAAAUAGGAAUGAGAACAGGAAUGGGUUAUAGAAAAGCAGUUUUCUCUAAUAAGAAUGGACAAGUUCCAUGGGGAUUGCACACAGGCUGGGAUUUGUCUGAAGUGAUCAUUGGGACACAGCUGGAUACCUUCAAGAUUCAGUGUCAAUAGCAUAGACAGGAAGUUGAGGGGAAAGGGGGACAAUGAAUUGGUGCAUUGGAGAUGAGGAGGCUAGGACCAUUUCCUAAAGUAGGAGAUGCUCAAAGUCAUUUGUUGUGUAGCCAUCAUGAAACAUAGCCAUGUGAACUAGCAUGAGAACUAGAUCCUUCCAUAACUAGUACUGAAAGAUGGUUAUAGAGGGAUCAUCUUCACAAAUUGCUACUGGAUUAAUCAUAAGGAGUUCAGGAAUCUGGUUCAGAUGUUUGAAUACUAAUUUACUCUCCUUUACUCUCUGUCCUACAUUCUUCGAUCUUAUCAAAAAAAUUAAUGAAGCUCUAUUUUAGAUACAAAAACCAAAAGGGUAUUUAUUUUAGAAGAGAUGUGUAGGACAAUAAAAAGAAAAAAGAAAAAUUAUCUAUUUUAUAAAAUAAAAUAUUAAAAUUGUUUUGAAGGGCAUAUCACUAUAAGAAAGUAAGGAGAGAACGAAUGAGAACAAAAGAAAAAAGGAAAAGGAAGGGAGAAAGAAAGAGAGAGGGGGAGGGAGGAAGAGGAAGGAAGGAAGGAAGGAAGGAAGGAAGGAAGGAAGGAAGGAAGGAAGGAAGGAAGGAAGAAAGGAAGGAAGGAAGGAAGGAAGGAAAAAAGUAAAGGCAAAAGGAGACAUUUUGAUUCAUAUUGUUCUAUAUUAGCAAGAGUCCAACACCAUUGGGACAACAUUGUGACUCUAAAUGCACUCAAGGCUCACAACCCAACUAUGUAUGUGUUCAGAUGUUUAAGGAUGAAUGUAAGUCAUGCUAAUGGGCACACACUCCUAUGAUUAGAACAAGAAUACAUAUUGAAUCAACACAAAGGGAAGAAUGAGAAGAAUACAUUUGACAUUCUAGGAGUUAUUCUGAAAAGCUUGCCCCUUUCUCUCUCUCCUUUCCCACAGACUUUUUUUGGGUUAAGUUUUGUUUCAUUCUCAGCACAAUGCUAACAAUUGUGAGCAUGCCUAACUUUGGAUCAUCCUGUCCAAUGCCACAUUAGUGCUACAGGGAACACAGCAAUAAAAGCAGAACGGAGUCAUGUUUUGCAUUCAGAGUCAAUCUGUAACAUUUUCUGAGUUUGGUCUGUUGAGUUACAAAUGGCGCCAUGAUGCUUCCUGCUACAACAAAGAAUAUGUAGACAGAAGUAUGCAGUUGGAAAAUGCCCAUCCUGCCCUUAUUCAUAUAUUCUAGGACUCUUCGGUUUUCCAAAGGACAAAGAAAUUAAAGAUUUACAAAGAGGUUUUAUUCUACAGUAGGUGUGUCAUUUUUUCCUUUCACAUGUUUUGAAAUGUACAAAUGGUGGAGCCACAGGGGGAAAAAUACCUUUUUAACUGAGUUUAGCUGAUUUUGUCAUUCCUGUAUAAGUAUUAUUAACCGUUUGUCUUUCUUCAUGUUUGUUUUACAAUUUGUUGUAAAGUACUACAUAGACUUGUAUGCAGAGCUGUCACAAUUGCCUGUUAGAUCUUUAACAGAACUGAGAGCAUGCAUUUCUCUGUUUUCUGAUAAUCUUAUGAACUUAGAUACUUGUAUUUCUGUGUUUUAAAGUGUUAUAACUAUUGAUAAACAUGAAAAAAAAAUCCUGACACUGUUGUCUAAGGAAAAACAAAAAAGUUUUACUAAAUCCGA